AUGAUGCUGUCCACCAACGCCCUCCCCAGCAUGUCCUGGAUGCUGCUCUCCUGCCUGAUGCUCCUAUCUCAGGUCCAAGGUGAAGACUACCAGAAGAACCUUCCCUCUCCACGACUCAGCUGUCCCAAAGGCUCCAAUGCCUAUGGCUCCCACUGCUAUGCCUUGUUUAUGACACCAAAAUCCUGGAUGGAUGCGGAUAUUGCCUGCCAGAAGCGGCCCUCAGGACACCUUGUGUCUAUCCUCAGUGGGGCUGAGGCAUCUUUUGUGGGCUCCCUGGUUAAGAAUUCUGUGAAUACCUACUCAUAUAUCUGGAUUGGGCUCCACGACCCCACACAGGGCUAUGAACCCUAUGCAGAUGGAUGGGAAUGGAGUAGCACUGAUGUUCUGAAUUACUUUUCUUGGGAGAGAGAUCCUGCCACUGUCUCAAACCCUGGCUACUGUGCAAGUCUGUCACAAAGCACAGGAUAUCUGAAAUGGAAAGAUUACAACUGUGAUGUGAAGUUACCCUACAUCUGUAAGUUCGAUGCCUAG